UCAAUGGUGUCAUGACAAUGGCUAGUCAGGCAUCUCAGUAUACGGCACUGGCCACCACUACAGCUGCCAAGGGGGCCUCGCUAUGAUGCAAUGAUCGGCCCGCCCGACGAUCAUGGAAGUUGCAGUCGCGCCGGAGUGACAAGCUGCGAAAGCCUUGCCAAUGGUUUCAAUUUGGAAGGCAAGUAUUCAUAAUCAGGACGUUUCUGGUGUUGCACAAAUCACGCCACUAUGCAGCAGAACGUGAAAGUAUGUGAAUUACCAUGGUUUGAGCCUGGCGCGCACUAAUAGUUCGGCCCCCCUCCCUCAUCACAAGGGUGACAAAAAUAUUUACCUCGCUGAGCUGAGUUUUGUUGUAAAACUCACGCCUAAAUAGAGUUUUGUUUGUGUUCCUACCAAGAUAUACAGUAACUAAUGGCUGCCUUGGAUACAGCAGAAGUCAAUGGUGCCCGUCAGCAGGGGUGUAACUAUGCACAAACCUGUGAUGUCCACAUCUGCAUCGACGGGCAAAACUUCCCUGCCAACAAAGCAGUUCUCCAGGAAAAGAGUGACUACUUUCGAGCCAUGUUUUCCUCUGGAAUGAAGGAAAGUACUGAAGAUGUUGUUACACUGCAGUCUAUACCCCCGAAUGUCUUCAAACCCCUUCUUGACUACAUGCACACGGAUAUUCUCCAAAUACCACAGGACAGCUUUCUCGAGACGUUGGACACUGUGAGCUUUCUUCAGAUAGUUCUUCCAGAAAAGUUCAUCAGGGAAAACAUCAACGGCAAAAACUGGCACACAAUUUUGUCCACAGCACAGGCGUAUGCCAUAACGAAUGUCCAGGACGUCCUUUAUGGUUACCUGAGUGAUAAUCUAGCAGAAGUCAUGACAGAAGAAUCUUUUCACAGACUGAGCAAAGAGCAGAAGAACUACAUCUGGGAGCUGAGACACAAGCAGAGGUGCUCUGUUGUCGUGUUGGGAGCACACGAAGAGAACGCAAGCAAAACUCGACCUGUCCACUACUACAGUGAGAAUGAAGACAAGUGGGUGUCAUUCACGUCACUUCCUGACAGGGGGAGCUCCGUCUCUUGUGGAGUGACCGUCAUGGACAACUACCUGUAUGUUGUGGGCGGCUUUGUGGACUUCAAGUGUAGGGAUCUGCAGAGAAAGAACUUCCGCUACAAUCCCAUGACCAACACUUGGACAGAAAUAGCACCUAUGUUGCAGGGCCGGGCAGAUUUUGGACUGGUAGCAUUAGAUGACCACCUGUAUGCCAUAGGUGGACGACAACACUAUUUCUCCGCCCUACCAUCGGUGGAAAAGUACAACCCUGUUGCUGAUGAGUGGGUAUAUACAACACCACUGCCUAAAGGGUCGCGACGCCAUGCUGUUACCACAUGUGUGGGAGCUAUUUAUAUCAGCGGUGGGUUCCCACAUUACACUGACCAGAUGCUCAGUUACUCCCCAGUCGCCGACGAGUGGGAAUUCGUGACACUACUGCCAACACGACGCUCCGAUCACGGGAUGGUGUCCGCUCGUGGUGUCAUAUAUGUCAUGGGUGGGUAUCGCAGCGAGGUGGACUGUUUCGUCAUCUCUUCUGGGCAAUGGUUUCACAUUCGGCCAACUAACAAGCUAGAGUACCUGAACAAGUUUGCUACGGUGUGUAACGACUGUAUCUACUUUGUGUGUAAGAAGUUUACCCAGUGUUAUGAUAUAGAGGAUGAUCACUGGGAUGAACUGGGGCUGAAGAGAUGCCCAGGAGGGCCAACUAAAAAUGCUGUGACUCUGAGACUACCCUCGCAUGUCACACAAGGGUCUAAGUGAGCAGAACACACUGCUGAUUUAAUUGUUGCACCUGUAUAAUGAUGCUACAAAUAAUAGAUGUCCAAGCUUUUCACAAACUAUUUAUUGAAAGUUUAAUUUCUGAGUAAAUGUUGGGGUAAAAAUCAUGGCAGCCUCGUCUUUCAGAGAAGACCAGCAAUCAGAAAAUACAUGUUCUUCCAACAUCUGCUUGGAGAUUGGUUCAUGCUAACAAGUAGACUUUCUGAUGAAUCAAAGCCAUCAAAGUUUGUAGAUAGUCUCCCAUGUAUGUGCCAAUGGAAAUAAAGCUGAUUAUGUGUCAACUUA